AGAAGAAAGAUCCAAAAUUUCGUGUGAUAGGAGCGCCGUUGCGUGAUGUAUUGAUCCAUGCAUCAUCCACGAUCACCAUCGGCGAACACCAGCACGACGUACCGACCCUGGUCGUUGCCUGUGUAGAAGAGCUGACAAGAACGGGUACCACAUCUUCUCUCCCUUGAAUUGAUCCAUCAUUUACCCUCAUCAGGUAUUUACCAGCAGGGGCUGUUCCGCGCAUUGCCCAACCUCGAUCGGCACAUGCAAUUGAUCGACAUCUACAGUUCCAGUACUGAUUAUGGGGCUAAAUUCAGCAUGCACGGGCAGACCAUGCCGGACAUUUGCGCUGUCUUAUCCACGUUCAUCUCCACUCUUCCACAACCCCUCCUCGAUCCUAAACUUUACGGUGGAUUUUGGCACUGGUGUGUGAAGCCCAGCGUGAAGCGCGAGGAGGUAAGGCGAAGCCAACAGGAUGCGGAAGAAGAGGAGAAACGUGAUAGAGGCGAGCUGCCACUCUUGCUUCCUAUAACAGCCAGACAGCAUCAGAAACAAGUCCAGGACGACCUUCACCUUGGUCACGACGGUGAUAUCGAGCGCCAUCAGAUCAUGAUUGCGCAAAUAAUCCUCCGCUUCCUGCCUAUAGGCAAUCUCUCCCUACUGAUUUACCUCUGUGGAUUUUUCACCCAACUUCCCCUUUGUCCUGAGAACGGCAUACAAUUCGAGGAUAUCGCGCGGAUCUUUGGGCACAAGAUUUUUGGUGCGACGGCGAGGGUGUCAUCGCAGAAGAUGAUGGUUUGGUUAUUAACGAGGUGGCACAAUAUCUCAGAAGGUCUCCUCACUGAUGCAUGUGGAAUGUCGCGGCCGUCCACCCCUGUCCUCAAUCAAAAGGAGUUGCCUACUGGUGAAGACAGCGGUGGUAGCCCAGUGGUGAAAACCCCCAGUUCACGUCGCAGUCGUUCGUCGGACAGCGAUCGCUCCUCGUAUUCGUCUUCUCCCCACGAUCAAGCGGAAUCCAGCACUACUCGGCAUCGUAAGAAACGGAGCAUAGAAUCCACACCAGAGUCGGGUGAGGAUGGACUGUCAAGAUCUCGCCGUCUUCCAAGGCGGAAUAGAUCAGGUCGCCAGAACAGUGCGUUCAUCUCGCACCGAAGGAAGGCUUCUGGGCAGGACCUUCCGGACGUGUUUUCAAAGGCAUUUGCGAACGCACGGGUCACUACUUCAUCAUCACCUCCGGAACGCAUUUCGGGGGAUCAGCCAGAAAGCAUACUUCUCGAUACUCGAGUACGCCUCGCGCGCAUUCACAGCGAUCUCCAGCGCAACAAUUUGGUCGUUGUCGACGCUAUCAAGGAGUCAUUCAAGGCCAGUGACGAAGCGCGCUUACUUUCUGAGAAGAUUGGGCAACUGGAAAGGACAUUCGGGGACAUCAAGUCGCGUAAUCCAAGUAUUCCCGUCAGCACAAGGGAACCGCUGCAGGUUGGCAUUUUGGAGGCAGAGUGACUACGCACAUUAGAAUAUACAAGACAUCACAUGGCAUAAUAUGAUAUAGUGGGUAGGCCUUAAUACACGAUUCUAGGGUACUGCUAGUAAUUUAACUGCAGUGU